AUAUUUUUGAUUGAAAGGUUCUGUAAAGGAAUGGAUGAUGAAGUAUUUGAUUAUUUAUUCAAAAUCGUCAUCAUCGGUGAUUGUGGAGUGGGAAAAACAUGCGUAGUGCAGCGUUUUAAAUCCGGGACUUAUGUGGAGCGGCAUGGAAACACUAUAGGGGUGGAUUUUGCGAUGCGAACUUUAACUAUUAAUAAGAAACGAAUUAAGCUGCAGAUCUGGGACACAGCAGGACAGGAAAGGUUUCGUACAAUUACACAGAGCUAUUAUCGGAGUGCACAUGGGGUCAUCAUGGCCUAUGACAUCACCAAGCGUCCUUCCUUCCUCCACCUCCCCCAGUGGGUGGAUGAGGUGCGGAACUAUACAGAAUCUGACGUUCCGCUUCUCCUUAUUGGAAACAAGUGUGAUCUAGAAUCUGAGCGGGAAGUGCCUUUUGAAGAAGCUCUGUCCCUACAGGCACAGACACCUGAGCUGGUAGCCGUCUUAGAAACCAGCGCCAGGGAAGACACCAACAUAGAGAGCGCAUUCUCCACCCUUGCAGCAGAACUCAUGAAGAGACAUGUCGGUGGUGGUGUCCUCCACCUCCAUCAGAGUGAGAAGAAACUGGCGGUCGGCCACCAUGAUUCUGUGCCAUGUGCUGUGAAGGGAAGUCGCUGCUGCUCAUGACCCAAUGUUUGCUUCACAGAGAAGACAUGUAUUAUCAUCUGCCUUUGCAAAUGUUUUCCUAAGUCUUUAUAAACUGCCGUUUCUUUUAAGAUUUGAGACAAUGAAAUAUUGUGGCAUGAUGAUGGUUAUGCAUAGGCUUGCCAGACGUCCUGGUUUGACCGGGACAGUCCCGGAUUUCAGGCAAAAUCCUGGUGUACCGAUCGGUUUACUGCAGGUCCCGGAAGAAGAUAAAUUUGAUUAGAUGACCAAAAAAAAACUAAAACUAAUUCACUGUUGAAGGAUUAUUUUGAGUAAUUACUUUGUCAUUUGAUGCAUAGACUUGUAAAAGUAAUAUCGAAUCAGCUUGUGAGGAUUUUUGUCAACAACAUUAAAACCAAAAAAUACUUUCUAAAAUUCUAAAAAAAGUCCUAGCGAAUGAAAAAUGCAUGUAAACAUUGCUCAAGUUUUUAUUUCUCAUACAAAGUAUUUCUUCUUACAAAUGUAACUAAUAUAUAUUAACAUGUAAGAAAUAAUAUGUUUAAAUUUAUCUGCUUGUGUCAUUUAUUAUUACCCCUGGUUUAGAGGCUCAUAAUUAGUAUUUAUUCAUAGCAUUGAGAAUAAACUACCUUCUAAAACAGGACAAAAUGAUCCAAAACUUUUGGGCUGAAAACACAUUUUAAAGCUGAAAAAAAAAAUAAAGCAAAACACCUUUUAAAAUGUUUUAUUUUCAAUAAUUUUUGUUUGCAUAUUUCAAAAGUUUUUACAGGGGAGGGGGGGGAGGUCGAGCUUCUUUGUAGUUUCUGUUAAUUUCAUACUGUCUUCAGAAAAUUUUACUUGAGUCCACUGCCGCCCCU